UACCCUGUGUAUUUUGCUUAUGAGGAUGACAACAUUCAUGCUGUGUUAGCUGAUAUAAAGAAAAAUGAUGCCACUGGCCAACCUGCUACUGCAACUAAUGGCGGAUACAAGUUUGUUGUUUCAGCUCCGGAGCCAAAGAAAGUCGCAUCUCCUACAAUUACAAAUAUUCAGGGAUGGUUGGCGGGAAAGAAGAUGGAUGAUGAUGCUAGUCAAUUACCCACCAUUGCUAUAGUGGCAUCAUAUGACACUUUUGGGGCUGCUCCUGCAUUGUCAGUGGGAAGUGAUAGUAAUGGAAGUGGUGUUGUGGCUCUCCUUGAAGUAGCUAGGUUGUUUUCUCUCCUCUAUUCUAAUCCAAAGACAAGAGGACAUUACAAUCUACUCUUUGGACUGACAUCUGGUGGGCCAUACAACUACAAUGGAACUCGUAAGUGGCUUCGCAGCCUUGAUCAACGUAUGCGUGAAAGCAUUGACUAUGCUAUCUGCUUGAAUAGUAUUGGCUCAUGGGAAGAUUUGUGGAUUCAUGUGUCCAAGCCUCCAGAAAAUGUGUAAAAGCAAAUUUUCGAAGAUUUUUCUAGCGUGGCAGAAGAGUUGGGCUUCACUGUUAAUCUAAAGCACAAGAAAAUAAAUAUUUCAAAUCCUCGAGUAGCUUGGGAGCAUGAACAGUUUUCUAGGCUGAGAGUUACUGCUGCUGCCACCCUCUCUGAACUCUCCACUGCACCUGAGUUGCUAGAAAGGACGGGGGGCCUUGUUGACAGCAGGCAUUUUGCUGAUGAAACUGCAGUUGUCAGGAGUGUGAAGUUAAUUGCUGAGAGUCUUGCGAGGCAUAUUUACAGACAUCAAGGAAACAUUCGGGUAUUCGCAGACAACAGUAGUUUGGCUGUAAAUCUUUCUUAUAUUCAAUCAUGGUUAAAUGUGUUGUCACAAACACCUCGGGUGGCACCAUUUCUGUCAAAAGAUGAUUCUUUUGUUGCUGCACUGAAAAAGGAAUUAGAAGAUCACACUGACCAGGUUGAUCUGCAACGAGAUGUGCUAGAUGGCAUGUUCACUUUCUAUGAUUCAACUAGGGCAAUGCUAAAUGUAUAUCAGGUUGCCAGUGUCACAUUCGACCUUCUGUUGCUGUUAGUAUUGGGUUCAUAUUUAAUUUUGCUCUUCAGUUUCUUGGUCAUCACAACUAGGGGCCUUGACGAUCUAAUCAGCUUAUUUCGACGUCCUCCCUCACGAAAAGUGAAGACCGCAUAGUGAUCAUAGGCCAGAUUUUCCAUCAAGGUUUGGCCAUGUAUUGCAAUUUCCAGUAGAACUUUAGGAUGAGUCUCUAGCGAACUGCAUAACGUUGAUUGGUUGAGAGGUUGGGAACAGCAAGAUGUAUGAUCUGUGUUCUGCGAAAAUGAGGACUCCUAGGCUCAAGUAAAAUUUUGAUGUUUAUUUUGAAAAUAUUGUUUGCUGCGUUUUGGCAGAUCAAGGCAUAAUUGUAAGUGGGUAAACGAUGAAAUGGAAUUUAGCAGCAUCGCGUCAUUUUAAAGAAUGAAACGUCGCUGCAAUACCAUUGCUAUGGUCAGUUCUAGUAGUGAAUAAGGCUGGAAAGCAUAAUAUUGUUUUUCAUGUUUUAGCGAUUGCCACGUCAAAAACCAUUAACGCUAACAUAGGCGAACUGUUAGAAUUGGUUUUUCGGGGGAAAGAAACCGUUAAAGAUUUUGUUUGAA